GUUUCAACAACCUAAGAACCAAGAUCGUGAAGUCUCCUCCAGACAAUGACAUAGUAUCAUAAACUUCAGGACUAAAAACAUUGAUUCACGCUACUUAUAAGUACGAAAAUUAGUAUUCAUCCUUGCUACUUUUCUUUUUCUUUUUCCUUCUUAUUUAAAAAAUAUGGAGGCAACAAUUCAAGAUUUGUUCUCCCUUGUUGUUGGGAUGAUCUCCAUUAUAGCAGCAUUUUCCCUAGGAAAACUCUUCCUAAGUACCAAAUCAGCGGCUAAAUCAAAGAUUCCUCCAGGUUCAAACGGCUUAAUCCGCUGAUUGGUGAAACAUUUCAGCUAGCUGCAUCGGGCCCUGAAAAUUUCAUUCGCCAGAGGAUGGAAAAAUACCCCGGAAAAUUAUUCAGGACAUCGUUAUUGGGCGAGAAUGUGGCCCUGAUUUGUGGACCUGAAGGCAACAAGUUCUUGCUCUACUCGCCAACCGAUUGUGUAGUUCCAUGGCUUCCGGCAACUAUAAUGAAAUUCACGCUCUGGACGAAUCCUGAAGGGGCUUCACCCAAAUAAAUCCUUUCCAAGGGACGCCAUUUUGUUCAUGAAACCUUGAGCAAUGGUAACGCCGUGAGGGAUUACAUUCCGGUCAUGGAUUCCAUGGCGCGCGAGCAUUUGAUUCGAGAGUGGAAACCUUUCGAUGAUGUUAAGGUUUAUACUAAGGUGAACAAGUUUGCACUUUCAUUGGCAUGUAGACUAUUGUUGGGAAUAGACGAUCCCAUUCAAGUCCAAAAGUUUUCGGAUACUUUUCGCUAUGCAAUGUCUGGUUUUUAUUCCAUGCCUGUUAAUUUCCCUGGUACGAGUUACCAUAGUGCUCUGAAAGAAAUCGGAAGUUUGAAGAAGCAAAUGUUGAAGAUCAUUCAAGACAAGAAACAGCGCUUGAAAAACUCUGGCGCUGCUGAUACUAAUGUAGAUAUAUUAUCUUGGAUGCUGAUGGAUCCGAAUUUCAAGUCAAAACCCGAAUCAGAGAUUGCUUUCAAUCUCAUAACUCUUCUGAUUCCAAGCCAUGAAUCCACAAGUUCUGCAGCCGCUUUCGUUUUGAAAUAUGUUGCUGAGUUUCCCUCUAUCCAUGAUAUGGUUUACAAAGAGAUGAUGGCGAUUGCGAACUCCAAACCUCCUGAAGAGCUGCUGAAUUGGGAAGACAUUCAAAAAAUGAAAUAUUCUUGGUGUGUCAUCAAUGAAUCCCUGAGGCUAACACCUCCUGGCUUAGGAACAUUUAGAGAAGCCACUAAGAACCUUAACUUCGCAGGUUACACUAUCCCAGAAGGGUGGAAGGUUUGUCAAUAUUGUAGCACCCUAUUACAUUCAGCGAAUUCGUAGACUAAAUAAUACACAUUUGUACUAUGUUAGACAACGAUAUUGUAUCAGUAUUAACCUAGCAAUAUGUCACAUUUACUGAUUUCCUGAAAGUAUCAUCACUCUAUAAUCAACGUGUACUCGUAACAUGUAUCUUUCGUAUUGUUUGCAAAAUUUCAGGUGCUGUGGAGUCCCUUUACAACAAACAAAGAUCCCAAGUACUAUCCUGAUCCAGAUAAGUGUGAUCCGACCAGACAUGAAGGGAACGGACCAGAACCUGGGACUCAUAUGCCGUUUUCAAUGGGGCCUAGAAAGUGUCCUGGCCAAGAUUAUGCCAAAUUCGUGGUCUUGGUUUACAUGUACAAUGUGUUGAGAAGAUUCAAGCUCCAAGUAUUGAACCCAGAUGAAAAUAUCAUGUAUCGCGGCGGUCCGAUUCCAGAAAAUGGUCUCCCCAUGCGUCUGCAGCCACUUUACAGGAAUGUAUCUCAUAAAACAGAAUAGCCCGAAGUGUUUUUUUUUUCUCGGUAAUGAACAUAUGAUGAUACGAUGAAAUAAAGACAUGAGCCCGACUUUUUAUCGCAUUGUUGAUACAUCUGUAGCAAUGUAAUAUAGUACUUUCAUCGGCCCGAAAUUACCAGUACUCUUAUUUUGGGACAAAUAGAGUAAAACUUACAGCUCAAUUAUACAAAAUUGUCAAAUUGUACUCCC